GGUCUUAGAUCUUGUAUCAUUAUGCAGCGGGUUAUUUGGUGUAUCCAUUUUCUCAAACGACUCGAUCCGACCCGUCAAAUUCCAAGUGAGGGCAGCAGUAACAGACGACAGAGAUUCCAUUAUCUAGCAAUAUCCACCAUUAUCAAAUAUAGGAGAAUUCAGUCAUCUCCGUCCCUCCCUCGGCUUAAAAAUGCCAUCAUCUAACGCCGCCACCGUCCUGUCUACGGUUCCUCCAAUUCAAAGUCCAAAGUUUAACUGCAAAAGGGUCUCAAUAAAUUGUCAUGGCAAUUUUGGUGGUAAAACGGUCAACACACUGACAGUGUUUAGAAGACUCAAUUGUUCUACUCAUACCAUUGCACGGGAUGGUAGUAAGUCGGCUGACCUUGAUGUGCCAUUCCCCGGUGACUACUCUGAACUUCUCGAACAAGCAAAAAAUGCUGUUGAAUUAGCUGUGAAAGAUGGCAAACAGUUGAUGGAAAUCGAAUUCCCAACAGCUGGACUUGAUUCUGUACCUGGUGAUGGUGAAGGAGGAAUAGAAAUGACUGGAAGCAUGAUGCUGAUACGUGAAUUUUGUGAUCAGUUUGUAACCCCUGAGAAAGCUACACGAACUAGAAUAUUUUUCCCGGAGGCAAAUGAAGUAAAAUUUGCAAGAAAAUCGGCUUUUGAAGGAGCAUCUUUUAAGUUAGACUAUCUUACAAAGCCUUCAUUUUUUGAGGAUUUUGGUUUGACCGAAAAGGUCAAAAUGGCAGACCGUGUGCAACCUGAAGAUGAAAUGUUCCUAGUUGCUUAUCCAUAUUUUAAUGUCAAUGAGAUGCUUGUGGUGGAAGAGCUUUACAAGGAAGCAGUCUCCAAUACUACACGAAAAAUGAUUAUAUUCAAUGGAGAACUUGACCGGAUAAGGUCUGGUUAUUAUCCACCAUUCUUCUACCCUAAGCUUGCUGCACUAACCAAGACUCUCCUGCCAAAGAUGGAGACUGUAUAUUAUAUUCACAAUUUUAAAGGACGCAAUGGAGGAGCCCUUUUCAGGUGCUACCCAGGUACUUGGAAAGUCUUCAAGAAAGUGCGGGAUAAAUAUCUUUGUUUGCAUGAACAGGAAGCCAUGCCAUCCCUCAAGGAAGUUGCCUUGGACAUCCUGCCGUCAGCUUGAGAUCUCAGUUAUGUUGGCCUCUCAUGAGGUCCUGGAAAGUGCAACAAGAAAGCUCAACAAGGUACAAGUUUGAUUGUACUAAUGGUUUUUAAAUUUAUAUAUAACUGCAUUGGUGAUUCUUUCUGAAUUUUAAAUGUUCAUUCAAAACAUGAAGUAUCAGAAACAUAUAUAUAAGUUUAUGUUUGAGCAGAUGAAUUUCUAUAUAGCACUUGGCUGAAAAAGCUGAAAAUGAAUUAAACCUUUACUAUGGCAUUGACAAAAAAGCAAACUCAUUGCUCGGUUUAUCAAGUUAUGUCACCUGAAAAAUAGUUUUGAAGAAGGAAGAUAACGGCUUUGGAAUUCAUUGUUCUCAUAUUGCUAUAAGGAUGGAAAUUUGGGAGACAAGGGAAGUUCCGCAUCAGUCUGUAUGUAAUGCAAUUCCUGAAGACAGCUUCAGAAGGUGAUUUAUUAUAAAAGAAUUUAUGUGUAUAAAA